GCUCGGACGUAGCAUGUGUUUCGAGAUUAACUUAAAUUGACCUCUAAUUAUAUCCUACAUACGCGCGUAAACAAUAACAUUAUUUUUUUUAAUAAUUUUUUUAAUCUGUGGUGUUGUGUUUUUUUUCUGAGAAGCGUUGGGAUAAAGAUGUCAAUAACCAUGCAUAAAAACUAAGAAAAACAAAGGCAACAAAAACAGUGUCUACAUUUCAUCUGAAAAAUGGAAUCAUUACAAAAAGGAUACGUCAACAAAAGUUUAUAAUUUUCUGGCUCUACGAUGGCCAUCAAAAAUGUGUUCAAGUGCGCGAAAAAACUACAAAACGUGAGACGAAAGAGUAACAAUAUGUUAAAUAUAAUAAAAACUAGUGUAAUAUUAAUUCUAAUUAUAAACAAAAGUGAAGUGAAAUGCAGUGAAAAUGUAACAGACGAUGAAAUAAGAAACAUAGAGAAAGAUAUACCGAAGAGGUUAAAAAUAUUAGAAGCUAUAUCUGGUAGAUCUUUUAAUAAUGUUUAUCAUAAUGGUACAUUUAAUACAGGGAAUAGAUUAUGGGAUAAUAUUCUUAACGAAUGUACAUUUAAGCCGUCAGUUAGUUGUCUACAAAAGAACGUUUAUACAUAUUUAGAUGAAAGUUUAGAUUUUAACGGUGAUGUAAAUGUUGCUGAUGGUAUGAGUUUCAAGAAAAAUAAUGUGGACAUCAAUAAAUAUAGUAAAGAAGCGAAUAUCAUUUAUGUAACUGGAAGCAAGAAAGAAGAUGAUAAACGAUCGUUAGAUGAAGAAAAUGAAAUCCACGAUGAAGAAGAAUCAGAAACGCCAUUGGAAGAAGUGACGGACGCAUUAUACGAUAAGGGAGUGAAAUUUCUAAUGGAACACGAUCUUAAAUUAACGCUACCCGAAAUGUUCUUUCACGGAACUACAUUAAAAGUUUCUCCACGAGCUUUAACGAAGACUGGAGCUCUAGUACAUAUAGAUUUAGAGCCAAAGGAAGAUGUGGGACAAGGGAGGAUAUUCUUUCAUAAAAUAAAGAAGUACAUCAAAAAGAAAUUAGUAAUGGCCGCACUAGCUAUCAUAUUGGUAGUAAAACUAAUAGCUUUGAAAUUAAUAUUCGUACUGCCAUUAGUAUUAGGAGUGUCCACUGCAAAGAAGAUGUUCUUAAAAUUCCUACUCUUCCUAUUCCCAGCAUUGAGUCAUAUAUUCAAACUUUGCUCGUGGUAUCACCAGAAUUAUCAUACAACGAAGUAUCAUCAUCAUCAUCAUUUGAUUACACACCAUCAUCACAAGGCACCGUAUGGUCCGGCAUAUGGUCAUCCAUCACACGUCGUGGUGAAGCCGCACGUUGAACAUCAUCCGCACACACUUGACUACAAUACUCAAGACUGGGAACUUUCAGGACCGGGACUUGGCAGCGAGUACAUCGGGUCAGAUAUACAUCGGAAUGCCAUAGCUAACUUCAAGCCGCACGCAAAUGAUAUCAAUGACAUCAAUUCUUGGGGACUCGGUCUUCCACCAGGUCAGGCCAACAUUGGUGAAUACGCGAGCAGUAAUAACGCAGUACCAAAUGUUGUUGCGCCUUCCGGAGGACAUAAGGUUCCGCCUGGUAGUCCAAUAAGACCCGUCGGACCUCCCAAUCCUUACUACAGGAACAAGAAAGCUACAGCAAGAGAUCCAGAACAAGAAGCACUCAUCCGUGCAGCAUCACUCGCAGCCCGAGCGCCUGCAUCUCCCGUCAGAGAUGAGAUCAUCAGAGUAUCACAGGCGAAGCUAACAGAAACAAAUCGAGUGAAAGCUGAGACAGAACUUGUAAGACAACAGCAAGAAAUACUCGCUGCUCAAGAUCCUGAUACAAUAGCAGCUGAGAAAUUCUACGGUGCGUUAUUGGAGAAAGUAGACACAAUUCUGAUGCCGAUGGGAGCGAAUGACGUCGGUUGCAGAGAGCGAGCUGUCUGCGCAAUGUAUAGCGAUCCGUUCAAACACUCUCCGUACAGUAAUCUAGUCUCUAAUGAAUUAAGCAAGGACUCAACUGAAUUAGUUCCACCCGCUGACAGCAAGAUGGCGCUAAGGUACUACAGAUAUGUGCAAGCGGCUAGAGAUGGACAGGAACAAAAAGACUGUACACUUCUAUAUCCACAUUGUAAUAUUAAUUACAAUCAAAAGUAAUAUUUACAACUUCGAAAUAAAAUGAUAAAUAUUUUGUGCGUAAAGUCUCAUAGGAAUUAUGUAAACUGUAUUUAUUAUUACGUUAUAUAUACGUGACGAAUAUACGUGAGUGUUUA